UCUUUGGUGUAGCGUCGGAUUCAGAUAAAAAGGAGGGAGUUUGUUUGACGGCGUACUUUUUGUUUUUUUACGCACUCUUCUUCUCCGCUGUCAAAAAAAAUAAUAUAUAACACCCACAACACUAUGGCUAAGCGCUUGCCACGCAACGCUGCCCCUAUACCCUUCCCCACCGUUCUUCGGGGCCAACAAACUGUCUUGUCAACAUCGCCCGGAUCCUACGCGAGCGAUCGUCAUUCAACCCUGGCACAAUGGGGUGAGCAGGUGUCUGAUAUCCCGACACGAUCCCCGUCGUCUUACAGCGAAAUAGAAGUCGUCCUUGAAGACGGCAUGAUCCAGAAACGCACCGUGUCGCUAUCCACCAUACCCGAACCACAACUGCAUAGCGAUGAGGAUUCCACAAUGGAGGGCAGCGAUGAGAAUGCCGCUGGUAGACACAGCGAACAACAACAACAUCAACAGCAGCGGCCGCCGCAGGAGCCACUGAAGAACCCAGGCUUCAAUAGCAAUAGCAGAGAGACAACCCCAUUGUUACGCGACGCAUCUAGUGCUCGACGACCCUGCUAUGGUGUUUCAGGUUUAUCUUCGUCAUCGUCAUCUACAACCACUUCAGAUACAGAUUCGUCCGAUACGCCCUUUUUCCCAGCCGGCAGCAGCAGCAACAACAGCAGCAACAGCAGAAAAAAGCGAUACCGACCCAUCGUAAGCAAAGAUGGUCGUGAUCCAGACGACGUUGAUAGCUCGCUUCGGGCCCGUUUAAGGCGCAGAUGGCAUGCUUGUCGGUCCUUCAAGCUGACCAACGCUCAACGGAACGUUCUCAAAUGCAGCUUUGCUUACUUUUUCGGCUCGCUCUUUACGUUUGUGCCUGCGCUCAACUCGCUCAUUGGCAACAACCGUGUAUCGAGUCACCUGGUUGCCACGGCAACAGUGUUUUUCAAUCCAGCCAAAUCCCUGGGUGGCAUGGUCGAGGCUGCCGCAUAUGGCUGGGGCUAUACCCUUUUCGCACUGACCACCUGCCUUGGUUCCAUGAUCACCACUGAUUUCUUUAUCGAUCGGGGCUAUUUUGAUAUUGCGCAUACCCUGUCCCUGUUCAUCUGGCUAGCCGGUCCCACCUUUGUCGUUGCCUUUUUGAAAGCGCACUGGAACAAGCCGCCGGUUGCAACAGCGUCAAGUCUUUGCUUCAUCAUCAUUUUUAUCAUUGUCGUACGAGAAGGUUCGGCCAACCACGGUGACUUUAAUACGACUCGCAUCGAGCAAAUUACAUCAGCCGUGGCCACUGGCACCGUGAUCACCGUAUCUGCUUGCAUUUUAAUCUGGCCCUCUUCUGCUGCCAAAAAGCUAAACAAAGACCUUGAUGCUACACUCACUUCAUACCGAGUCCUUUUGAAAUUGCUGACAAAAACGUUCCUUCUGGAUGAGGAUCUUCCCGAGUUUACAGCAAACAAAUCUCUUCAAACUGCCAUCGAAUCGCACCGGUCCAGUUUCACAGCGCUUCAGAAAUCCCUUUCCGAGGCGAAACUCGAGGUCAUGUGGAACAGACAAGUGCGUGGUCGGACCGGUGAAUACGAGCAAAUCGUAAAGAGUAUGCAGCGUCUUGCUCAGCAUGUCGGAGGUCUCCGAAGCAGCUGUGGUCUACAAUUCGAAAGAAUGUCCACGCAGCAACAACAAGAUGGGUCGCGCAAAGCCAAGAGCAGGCUUCGACGAUCGUCCAACAGAAAGAAGACCAAGAGUGCGGCCGAAGACGAGUGGAAUAUCCGCGCCAGUUAUCGUCGACGACGACUCGAAAGCGAAAUGCGCAGGCAAAAGACGAUGCAAGUCGUUGCAGACGCUGAUGUUGCUGCCGCUACCAGCAUGAGCGAAUCGAGCGACCAUUACGAGACCGACGAUGGGACAGCUUUGAUCGAGUUUAUCCGCACCAUCCGCCAACCCCUAAAGUCGCUUGCGUAUACGUGCAAGCAGACAAUUUACAACAUCCAGUUCAGCUUUGUACCAGUGACCCCAUCUGCUCGCGUCAAAAAGGCGAUACCGACGUACGAUACCUUGGAAGCCAAUUUGGAAAAGGCGAUUGCACUCUUUGAGGUCUCGCAGCGACAGGCGGUGCAGCGACUCCAUCAACGUCGAACCAGGCAUAUGCAUCGAGGAGAACGGAACGAAGAGGCUGGCUAUGCACCUGGCGAAGAUGUGUUCCUCGUCUAUUUCUUUGUGUUCAACAUGAUUGAAUUCGCACGCGAGCUUAUUACUUUGGUGCAGGUCGUCCGGGAAUGGUCUGAGACGGGAGAAAUUGUAAAGUCAAUGCACUGGUGGCAGUUGUUUGCUUGGAAAAAGAACAGAGAUAAUGUGCAUGAGAAGAAGCCACGGAGAAGAUCUUCGUUUGGCGGCUUUGUUCCCAACGAGAGCAACACGAUGAAUACGCUGCAUACACCCGAACCCACAACGACCUGGCGCAAAAUCUUCUUGCGAGUCUGGCGAACAUUCUCGCUCUUUAAGCUACAGAAAGUCCGGUACGCUACCAAGGCAACCGUUGCAACCGUUCUCCUCGCAUUGCCCGCAUUUUUAGAGUCAACUGCAAACUGGUUUAGAGAGUGGCGGAUGGAAUGGGCCCUCAUCACGCUCAUGGUAGUAAUGACACCUACAAGCGGCCUCACCAACUUGACUUCGAUCUACCGUAUCUUCUCGACCGCGCUGGGCUGCUUCAUGGCCAUGGCCUUCUACAUGGUGUUCCCGGCCAACAUGUACGUCCUGCCCAUCCUAGCGUGGCUCUUUUCGAUACCCAACUUUUGGCUCAUUCUCAACCACAAGCAUGGCAAGUUUGGACAAUUCACGCUCCUUGCAUUUAAUCUCGUGCUGCUCAACAAAUACAACGACCGUGAGACAAACACAGUGGAGGUGUGGCGCCUGGCAUUCCAACGGUGCGUCGCCAUCCUUAUCGGCGUCGUCUUUGGUCUCUUUGCAACCAACUAUGUUUGGCCCUUUGAAGCGCGAUCCGAAUUACGCAAACAGCUCUCAGACUUUCUGUUACGCAUGGCAUGGCUGUAUCAAAAACUAGUGUCCAUGUAUUCCGAACGGCCCGAUGAAGAACGCCGUGUGAUGUCAUAUGCUGCUGCUGAUGGUACCACCACCCUCAUCAAGGAUAGCGAUUCAACCGAAACAUUGGUGGGUCAGCGGCAACAGGCAAAGCAAAUGUUUCAAGAGAUGGAACUCGGGCUGCAGCGAACGUUAUUGGAUCUCCAGGCAUUAUUGGCUCAAACGCCCAAUGAGCCGCGUCUCAAGGGCUCUUUCCCGGUGUCCACGUACAAGGACAUGCUCAUGUCGUGCCAAAACAUUGUCGACAAGUUCUUAUCCAUGCGCGCCAUCAUUCUCAAGGAUGCAUGGUUUGACGAUGUCCAGCGCGAUUUCAUCAUGCCUGUGAGUCGAGAAUCGCGUGAGAUGGUCGGCAAUGUCCUUCUCUACUUUUAUUUACUAGCCUCGGCGCUCCGCCUCAAGACCCCGCUACCGCCGUACUUCCCACCUGCGCGCAGUGCAUGGCAGUCGCUGAUCUCCCGUUUAAGGCAACUACCGGUAGUUCAGUCCCAACAAUUGCUGGAAAAGGAACAUGUUUAUGUCCUUUAUUAUGCGUACGUUACCAUGAUGGAGGAUAUCGUUCGAGAUCUGGACAAGGUAAGAAAUAACAGAGAGGGAAAUGAUCAAACAAAGGACCUUGCUGUGUUUGCUUCACUAAGCAACGUUUUGUUUUAUUGUUAGCUGGGAGAAAGCAUGACGCGUCUAUUUGGGUCCUUGGUUCCACCAGAUCAAUGGGAACGCUUAUUUGAAACGAAUGAUGUCGAGCAAGGAUCACUGUUUGUUGAGCACCAGCAACAACAACCACAAUAACGAUAACAACACACCAAACCGGGCGCGUUUUACUAUAUUUCUCAUUCUCAUUGCACAAAACAGGGCAUUUUAUUUCUUCACACUUUAUACAUGCUAUCAUUUCUUUCCCCCCCCAUAUCUGUCCAUAUCUGCUAUCGCAUCAGUAUUUCUUUACAUAUCAACUUUCUUCUGUUACAUUAUUCCCUUAUCACACAUUUCUUAUUUUGUUGUUCUGACUAUUAUGUUUGUUACCCCACAAAAAAGCAUCCAAUCAAUACAUCAUAUCUUAUUCUUCAGUUUCAUGAUGAUCUUGCGUGUUGAUGUCAAGUAUGUGUGUUUAUUGUA